CCUGAUUUCCGUCAUCUUUCUUUAUUUCCUCCUCACUUCAGCUGUGCUGUUUGUUCUGCUUCUUCAAUUCUCCUCCACCAAAGGAUUACCGGCUGCGCCGACACACGAUACCCAAUCUUUUCAAUUCAACUUUCCAAUCUUUCGCCAUGCAGAUCACCAGCACCCUCAUGACCCUCGCCGUCCUGGCCGUAGGGAUCAACGCCGCCCCCGCACCCCUGAACAUCAACCUCGGCGCAUACUCCCCUGCGUUGGUAGUCGGUGAUGGUGCGCUCACAUUCGGAGGCGAGGCGGAGGCUGGAAAGGGCAAAGGAGGCGCCGCCGCAGGCGAAGGCGCAGCAGCCGCUGCCGCUGCCGCUGCCGGCGUGGGCGCCCCCGGAGCCGCUCAACAAGGCAUCGUUGCAGGCCGAGAUAUUACAAAGAGGGUGGAGAAGCGGCAGAGCGGAUUCGAUCGUGCCCUCACGUUUGCCGAGGCCGCGCUCACAAAGGGUCCCAAGAUUCAACUCGGAAACGGCGAGGGCGGUGCCGGCGUCGGUAUUAUCGUUGACAACAACCCAACCGCUGCUGCUCAACCAAACCGUGCCGGUAAAGCUGAGAGGAGGAGAUAGGUGGAACAGAUGUUUUCUUUUGCUUUCCGCGAGGGGAGGAGAGCCGUCGCGUAAUCUUGCUAAAGUCCGAUUGAAGUAAAAGUGAGUUUGAAGAAUUCUCUCUGAUGAAACGAAACAGAACAGAUAGCUGACUCAACCUUGUUUUUUUUUUAUAGAUACUG